AGAACAGUGCCUCAAAUAGCUGCGUCUAUUUCUCAACCGUAAAGUUGUUUUCUCUUUUAGCUCUUUCUCGGGCUUCCCCUGGAACAGUAUGACAACAACCGACCCCUCCGACUCCGAUCCUAUCACUGUCUCCGAUCACCUUCUUUCCUUUCUUCUCGCCGAAACCCCCACCGUCCUUCACUUCAAAGGCAAGUGGUCCCUCAUCACUUCGAAACUUCACCUUCUUCACUCUCGACUUGCCGAUUUCUCCUCCUCCUCGAACUCUCUCUCUCUAGACCUUCUUCUCUCCGUAUCCCACACCCUCAACGAUGCCGUUUCCCUCGUCAAGGAUUGCCAGUUCCCCACCUUGUCAAGCGGAAAACUCAAGACCCAGAGCCUCAUUGACUCCCUCCUUGCCAGCCUCGAUCGCCAUCUCGCAGACUGCGACGUUCUCUUCAAAAGCGGCGUCCUCCUGGACGACGCCGUUUCAACUGCCUCUAACAGGGACUCUGCUCGAUCUGAAUCCAGAAAUUUGAUCACUCGUUUGCAAAUUGGGUCGUCGGAUUCUAGGAUUUCGGCUAUGGGCUCCUUUCUGGGUUUACUACAUGAGGAUGAUAAGAAUGUGAUGAUAGCUGUGGCACAGGGCGUGGUUCCCGUGCUCGUUCGCUUACUGGAUUCGAGCUCUUCAGAAAUGAAGGAGAAGAUCGUCGCCGCGAUAUCCAGAGUUUCAACGGUGGAUAGCAGUACAUAUGCAUUAAUCGCCGAGGGUUUAGUGCUUUUGAAUAAUCUUCUUCGAGUUCUUGACCAUGGAAGUGGGUUUGCUAAAGAGAAAGCCUGUAUUGCCCUCCAAGCUCUAACGUUCUCUAAAGAGAACGCUAGGGCAAUCGGGUCUAGAGGUGGUAUUUCUUCCCUAUUGGACAUUUGCCAAGUAGGCACGCCGGGUUCCCAAGCUUCCGCAGCUGGAGUUCUGAGAAAUCUUGCCGUUUUCCCUGAAGUCAGAGAAAACUUCGUCGAGGAGAAUGCGGUUGUUGUUCUGCUAGAGCUCGCUUCUUCGGGUACUGCAAUAGCCCAAGAAAAUGCAAUUGGUUGUUUGUCUAACCUAAUUUCUGAUGACGAAACUCUGAAAUUAAUGUGUGCUAAGGAAGGAGGGAUUGAGUGUUUGAAGAAUUUCUGGGACUCAAUUCCGUCCGUUCAGAGUCUUGAAGUUGCGAUUGAGUUAUUGAGGUGCAUGGCAUCAAGCCCAUCGAUUGCUGAACUUCUUAUCUCAGAUGGGUUCAUCCAGAGACUCGUGGGCGCGUUACAUUGUGGUGUAUUGAGGGUGAGAAUUGCGGCCGCUCGAGCUGUUUAUGCUCUGGGGUCCAGCACCACAAAGGCGAAGAAGGAGAUGGGCGAAUGUGGAUGCAUUACUCCAUUGAUCCAGAUGUUGGAUGGCAAAGCCGUAGAAGAGAAAGAAGCAGCUGCAAUGGCUUUGUCAACACUCAUGUUAUAUACGGGCAAUAGAAGGAUUUUCCUGAAGGAUGAGAGGGGUAUAAUGAGUGCGGUUCAGCUUUUGGAUCCGUCAAUACAGAAUUUGGACAAGAAAUUCCCAGUUUCCAUUCUGUUAUCACUUGUGCAUUCUAAGAAUUGUAAAAAGCAAAUUGCAGCAGCUGGUGCCAGUGAAUAUACACGAAAACUUGUAGGGAUGGAUGUUGAGGGGUCUAAGAAACUCUUGGAUAGCCUUGGUCGUGCAAAGAUAUGGGGAGCAUUUGCAAGAUCCUUAAGAUGAAACUUUCCUUCAAAUUCCAAACAAUGGAUAAAGGAGCAGGAGUUGAUUUAUUGAUCUGCAUUUAUGAUAAUUUAUUCAGUUUUUCUUUCUUCCUUUUUUUCUUUUCAUGUUAAUAAUUUGUGAUCACUUCUCUUUUGUUUAGGGACUUGAUGUAGAAUGUGACCUAGUCGAAAUUGAGUUAAUUUGUAUACAUGGGAAUAUCCACUUACAUUCUGGAUAGUUUGUUAUUGAUUUGACAAUUACAAUGGAGUACCAACUACCUAGUGAGUCCGCCUUGUAAGCAGAGCUCAGUCGUGAUACCUUGAUCUCUCUAAAUUCUGAUAUGCUCUGCAGCCUGCUUUAAAUGCUUUUGCUUCUAUCACAUGAUAUAGGGUUGGUUCUGAAAAGAACGCAGUUUCCCACAAACUAGGUUGCCAGAAGAAAAAAUGGCAUAUCUUAUGUCCGUAUGACUGAUUCGGAUGAUCGAUGUUUGCCUAUUAGUGCUUACCUUGAGUUACAAACCCCAUUCUGUAUCUUGAACAUUGAUAAUCUUAGGAUGUUGCUUCCUUGAGUAGAUACUUACCCCAAAGGCCACUUGACCCUAAUCAUCGUGACAGAUUGCCUUGGGGUGUCCUUUUUCCGGCUUUACCUUAAUUGGUAAUCUGGUAUUUGAUUUGAUUAUUAGAGGGUUGGUCAGUGGAAAUUUCAUUAAAGUGUUCCGAACGACCUCCACUCAAUUUUCUGUGAGCACCAUGUGCAUUUGUUCGCGAUCAUGUGCAUCUUGUCUAUGGGUUGCCCAAAAUUGCAUUUCUGUUGGCUGUUGCCUUAACAAGGACCUACCUAAACCCGUUUUGCUCUCGAGUCUUGAAUGCUAUAGCUUCAGGGAAAAAAAAAAAAAAGAAGAUUAUCAUUAUCAUUAUCGUUAUCAUUGUUAUUAUUAUUAUUAUUAUUUUGAAAGAUCAUCUGUUGAAAUUCUCUGCUCUACUGCCUCACCGGAAUACUGAACCAAAUUUUCCGUUGUCGUGAUCCCAAUCGAAAUUGAUAUGCCUAUGACAACUGUAGCCGGCGAAUCUUUAUCAAUUCAGCGUGUAUUCCGAGAUUUUCAGUGUUUUUUGCGCGCAAAUCAUGUGAAAGAAGGCGAAGGAGAAAUUAGAAAAAGACCCUUGACUUCUUGGUUGAAGACUGUCAUAUGCGAAAGAUCGCUUACAGUCUGAUAUAGAAAGUACUUGAGAACGGGGAAGGAUCAGAUCAUGGCAUUCUUGGCUGCAAAAGCAAGAAAAAUCAGUGGGAAGCUUAAUAAUUACAAUCUGAAUUCCCCUAUAUGAUGAAAGAAACAUGCCUACGAGGAUGGGGCCAAGGUGUCCCAGUUUGGUAAGUUCACAGGAUUACUGUACCAAAUACCAAAUAAUAGAUGUUGCUCUCCAUUAUGAACUAUUUAUUUUUGCUCACCCUCUUGCUUCUCACUAUUUCCUCCCCAUGACAAUCAUAAUUUUAUUUAUGCCCAUUGGACUUC